AUGGACGGUGAAGAGAGGGGGAGAGAGAAGAGAAAAGGGUACGGAUUGUUUUGGAAAGCGGCCCCGGCCACUCCGUCCAAGCCCUACUAUGUGACGACGCCAAUCUUUUACGUCAAUGCAGCACCUCAUGUUGGUCACAUGUAUAGCAUGAUCCUUGCCGACGUUCUGAAAAGAUGGCACGCCCUCAACGGACAGCGGUCUCUCCUCCUCACCGGUACCGACGAGCACGGCCUGAAGAUCCAACAAGCCGCUGCUGCCAAUGACACCCUUCCCAAGCAGUGGUGCGAUGCGCAGGCCAACAAGUUCCGCGCGCUGGCGGCGUCGGCGAACCUCGCCAACGACUUCUUCAUCCGGACCACAGACGAAGAUCACAAGGAUGCGGUCAGGCAUUUCUGGUUCCUGCUCAAGGAGAAGGGCCUGGUGUACGAGUCAAAACAUGAGGGAUGGUACUGCGUCAGCGAUGAGGCUUUCUACCCUGAAUCCAUGCUCACGAGGAAGGUCGACCCGCUUACGGGUCAGGUGUCAAUGGCGUCUAUCGAGACUGGCAACACGGUGGAGUGGACAGAGGAGAAGAACUACCACUUUCGGAUGACUGCCUUGAAGGACCAGCUGCUGGCUUUCUACGAGGAGAAUCCCGACUGGAUCGUCCCCCGACAGAGGAUGCGAGAGGUGGUGGACUGGGUCACGAACAACCUCGAGGACCUCUCCAUCUCCCGGCCGUCAAAUCGCCUGGACUGGGGUAUUCGUGUUCCCGACGACGAUAGCCAGACCAUCUAUGUCUGGGUGGAUGCCCUCAUCAACUACCUGACCAAGGCUGGCUUCCCGAAUUGGGCGCCAGGCAAGCAGCUGGAAGGCGGGUGGCCUGCAGACGUGCAUGUCAUCGGUAAAGACAUUCUCCGCUUCCAUGGCGUAUACUGGCCUGCCCUCUUGCUGGCCGUCGACAUCCCGCCUCCGAAGAAGCUCCUCAGCCACGCGCACUGGACAAUGAGCGGCAAGAAGAUGUCCAAAUCUCUGGGAAAUGUCGUCAACCCGUUUCAUGCUCUGGAUCGAUUUGGGGUGGAUGCUAUGCGGUUCUUUAUGAUUCAUGACGGUGGCAUCGAGAACGACGCCGACUACAGUAACGACUUGAUCGUGGAGAGAUACAAGAAAAUGCUGCAGGGCACGAUCGGGAACCUGCUGAGCAGAGUCACGCGGGCCAAGGCCUGGAAUGUGAGGGAGAGCAUCCUGGCGGGACCCAUUCUCACUGCUGAUAUACACAUGUCUCGGUUCAAUGCUCGUCAUGCGGAGCUGUUCAGGGCGCAAGAGGCAAUGCUCUCUGAGCUCCACGAGCGGAUGCAGACCCUUAUGGAGAAGCCGAACCCCCGGCUGGCACUCAUGCACCUCAUGCAGGUAGCUAUGGAGGCCAAUAGAUUCAUCACCGAGAUGGCGCCCUGGGACAUGACGAAACGGUUCCGUGAGAUACUGGCCAGCACAGGCAGGGCACAGCAUUCUGGGGAGGCACUAGACAUCAAGACAUUGCGUGCCAAGACCAUCUUCAUCCUGGCCGAUACUCUGCGUAAUGUGGGCAUUCUUCUGCAGCCCUUUAUGCCAGGGAAGGCCAAGGAGAUGUUGGACGUUCUGGGUGUCUCUAAAGACAAAAGGCAACUAAAAUAUGUUGGCCUGGGCAAGGAUUUUAGCUAUGGAGAGCCCGAGGCGCCCGUAGGGACCGGCGGGCACCAGAGCCUAUUCCCUCCGCUCGAGUCCGAGCUAUGAAAUUGCAGUCAUCAUGAUACUCAAGUAGAGAGGGAGAGAGCGCUAUCAUGAUUUGACUAGACGUGACGGCACUCGCCAGAUUGGUCGCCAGAUUUGUAUAAUAAAUCAAUACCCUAAAUGCCACAUCAAUCCAUAUUCC